CCCCGGCCCGUCGGCGGCGGUGUGGGCCAGCCGGAUCCGGAGUCGGCUGUCGGCGCCGGGUACGGGCUGGAGGACUGAACGCUCGGGAACGCGUCGGGCCCGCCCCGCGGGGUCGGGGGUGGCCUGGGUGACCAGAGGCAGCGUGCGCCGAACCGCAGCCCCUGAGGGGGAUGGGCACAGCCACCCCUGAUGGACGACAAGACCAAGCAAGCGGAGGAGAUGGCCCUGUGCCUGGCCAGGGCAGUGGCUGGCGGGGAUGAGCAGGCGGCCAGGAGGUGUGCUGCCUGGCUGGCCGGGCAGCGAGUGCCGCUGAGUGUGCGGCUCAAGCCGGAGGUCUCCCCAGCCAAGGACAUCAGGCUGCAGGUGAAUGUGGAAGAUGCGCAGAUGUACACGGUCACCAUCUGGCUCAUGGUGCGGCCUGACAUGACGGUGGCUUCCCUCAAGGACAUGGUUUUCCUGGACUACGGCUUCCCACCUGUCCUGCAGCAGUGGGUGAUUGGGCAGCGGCUGGCACGAGACCAGGAGACCCUGCACUCGCACGGCGUGCGGCGGAAUGGGGACAGUGCCUACCUGUACCUGCUGUCGGCGCGCAGCACCUCGCUCAACCCCCAGGAGCUGCAUCGCCAGCGGCAGCUGCGGAUGCUCGAAGAUUUGGGCCUCAAGGACCUCAUGCUGCAGUCCCGGGGCCCCCUGGAACUGGCCACCCCAAAACCUGCAGCCUCCCAGGAGCCUGGUCGGGGGCAGCCAGAUACAAUGCCUGAGCCUCCACCGGUGGGAUGGCAGUGCCCAGGGUGCACUUUCAUCAACAAGCCCACACGGCCAGGCUGCGAGAUGUGCUGCCGGGCACGGCCUGAGGCCUACCAGGUCCCUGCCUCAUACCAGCCGGACGAGGAAGAGCGUGCACGCCUGGCGAGUGAGGAAGAGGGCCUGCGCCAGUACCAGCAGCGGAAACAGCAGCAGCAGGAGGGGAACUACCUGCAGCACAUCCAGCUGGAGCAGCGAAGCCUGGUCCUGAAUGCAGAGCCCACUGAGUGCCCCGUGUGCUACUCGGCGCUGGGGCCCGGCGAGGCCGUGGUGCUGCGGGAGUGUCUGCACACCUUCUGCAGGGAGUGCCUGCAGGGCACCAUCCGCAACAGCCAGGAGGCGGAGGUCUCCUGCCCCUUCAUUGACAACACCUACUCGUGCCAGGGCAAGCUGCUGGAGCGUGAGAUCCGGGCGCUCCUGUCCCCCGAGGAGUACCAGCGUUUUCUGGACUUGAGUGUCUCCAUCGCUGAGAACCGGAGUGCCUUCAGCUACCACUGCAAGACCCCAGACUGCAAAGGCUGGUGUUUCUUUGAGGAUGAUGUCAACGAGUUCACGUGCCCAGUGUGUUUCCAUGUCAACUGCCUGCUCUGCAAGGCCAUCCACGAGCACAUGAACUGCAGGGAGUAUCAAGACGACCUGGCCCUGCGGGCACAGAACGAUGUGGCUGCCCGGCAGACGACAGAGAUGCUGAGGCUGAUGCUGCAGCAGGGGGAGGCCAUGCACUGCCCACAGUGCCAAAUCGUCGUGCAGAAGAAGGAUGGCUGUGACUGGAUCCGCUGCACCGUCUGCCACACGGAGAUCUGCUGGGUCACCAAGGGCCCACGCUGGGGCCCCGGGGGUCCAGGGGAUACCAGCGGAGGCUGCCGCUGCCGAAUGAAUGGAAUUCCUUGCCACCCAAGCUGCCAGAACUGCCACUGAAUCUCAGCUGGCCAAAUGCCCUCACUGACCCGACUGGGCCUGAUGCAGAGCGAUGCAUUGCCGUGGCCGCGAGCCAAGGGGCAAUCUGGCCCACCCAAGCUGGCUGCUGUUUAGUCCCAUGUGCCCCAUGCCUUAGCCCUCCGCUGGGGCUGCUCCAUGUGACUCCAGUCCUCCCGGCCGCCCUUGAUGCUGAACACCAAGCAUUUGCAGCCUUGUCCCUUCCCGCAGGCUUUCUGGGGGGACUGCUCUGGCCGGGGACUGCUGCUAACCUCAUAAGGGCCCUGAAGCUCAGCCUGUUGGCUUGGGCCUGUCUCCCUUCUGCCCCCAAGAGUUGAUUAAAGUGGUUUUUCAGGAA